UCAAUCAGCAACUCCAGGAUCCAUUUGCAAUCAUGACUGGGAAUGUACCAUCUUGGCUUUCACAAAUAGCCUAUAAAUUCCCUUUUCUUUUCCCUUUUGAGACACGGCAUUUGUUAUUUUAUGUAAAUUCAUUUGAUCGAGACAGAGCUUUGCAGCGUUUGUUUGAUACAUUUCCUUCUCUUAAAAAUAAUGGCAGAAUAUCUCCCAAGCUUGACAAAAGAAAGAAAACUGUUUCCAGAGAUAGCCUUUUAAAACAAGCAGAAAGCCUAUUUAAAGAUUUAGGAAACUCAAAAGCAAUGUUGGAAAUACAGUACAAAAAUGAAGUGGGAACUGGUCUUGGACCAACUUUAGAAUUCUAUGCAUUAAUUUCAAAGGAAUUACAAAGAGCUGAUCUUGAUAUGUGGCGCGGAGAAAAAGUUUUGGAAAAUCAAAGCAGUGUUAACUACAUCUACAAUCCUUUGGGUCUCUAUCCAGUGCCUCUUCCUCGAAAUACCAAAACACAGUUGCUCACAAGAAUAUGCGGCAAAUUUAAACUAUUAGGAAAUAUUUUUGCAAAAGCUUUAAUGGAUUCUAGAUUAUUGGACAUUCCUCUUAGUCUUGCAUUUUAUAAAUGGAUGUUAAAUGAGGAGUGUUACUUAACAGUUUCUGAUUUAAAAUAUGUAGAUGAAAACUUGUUGAAUAUUGUUACUAAACUUGAGCAUUUAGUUGUGAAGAAAAAGCACGUUGAAAAUGAUGAAGCACUCUCGGCAAUUGAUAAGAAGGUUGUUUUGGAAUCUUUAACCUAUGAUGGAUGCCCUUUAGAUGAUCUUAAUUUGGAUUUUACGCUCCCUGGUUAUGCACAUAUUGAAAUGAAGAAGAAUGGUAAAGACACAAUGGUUUCAAUUCAUAAUUUAGAGGAAUAUCUUAAACUUUUGAAACAUUGGAUUUUAUAUGAGGGAGUGCAGUUACAAAUGAAAGCCUUUAGAGAUGGAUUUGAAUCUGUAUUUCCUCUGAAUCACUUGAAAAUAUUUUACCCAGAUGAGUUAGAACUUUUGUUUUGUGGUACUGAUAAAAACCAGUGGGAUAUGGAAAGCUUAAUGGCAUGUUGUCGUUUAGACCAUGGAUAUGACAGUGAAAGUCAAGCAAUCAAGUUUUUGUUUGAAAUUUUGUGUAGUUACAAUGUGCAACAGCAACGACAGUUUCUUAAAUUUGUUACUGGAUCUCCUCGAUUGCCUGUUGGUGGUCUAAAAUCUUUGUGCCCACCUCUUACAAUUGUUCGCAAAACAUCAGAUGGUAGUGAUUCUGAUAGCUACUUACCAUCUGUGAUGACAUGUGUUAAUUAUUUAAAGCUUCCAGCUUAUUCUACUCGUGAAAUAAUGCGCACAAAGCUAGAACUUGCUAUAAGUGAAGGCCAGCAUUCUUUCCAUUUAUCUUAAAGGAAAAGCACAAUAAUGCUGUUUGCAGUUUUAUGAGUUUAAUUAAGUGGAAGUGAUUUAAGCUAGUGUGCAAGUUCUGUUUAUACAAAGAGUUAUUGUUGAUGAGUUCAAAAAUGUUUUUCUGCAAAUGUCAGGGAAGAAAGUGCACAUAUGGACUCUCAUCUAUUUGAGAUAAUAUCAAUGAAUUGAGCAUGUACUUGGAUUUAACUGUCUUAUUGCUCGUCUUUGGAGCAGAUUAACUUUUAUACAAAAUGUAUGCUCAACGAGCAUAUUACUUUACAGGUAUAUUUCUUCUUGUGAACAGUGUUUUGCAAAAUCAUUGGAAGUCAUGGUCAUAGUUCUUAGAAUUUUGUAAUUCUGUCUACUAGUUACCUUUGCUAUGAUCAGAUAACAUUUUUAUGUGUGAAUAUCAAGGUGCUCUUUGAAAUAAUGUAUGUUGUUGCCAAACGUUAAUUUUUGUACAAGUAUUAAUUUUGGCUUAAAUUUUGUCUUAUGUGUAAACUGUCCUCAAUAAUGUUUAAACUUUAACAACAGCUUAUGUGCAAAUAUGCUUUGUAUAUUUAUUUUUACAAAAUGAAAAAUUAAAUUUUAAUUCGUUUUCUUA